GAUGCACUGAAAACUCUCUUGAAGCGGAAAGGUGCCCACAGAGGGGUGCUCAGAGGCGGGCCUGGAGCUCCCCCGAGCAGGUGCAAGACCCAGCUGCGGUGGGGGCGGGCGCGCAGGUGCCACCGUCUGCAGCUCACCUUGGUGUGCACGGAAAGCAGAUGAAGGCCCCCCUAAACCUUAGACGCCUGGUGGCGGGGAGAGGGGGAGGUUCGGGACAUGGGACGCGAGGGACUCUGCGUCCGGUACCGCAAGGCCGUCACGUGACAGUGCCGCCAUCUUCCUUCCUGGCGGACGCUCCUGACGGCGUCAGCGUCCGUGCCCUACUGCGCAGGCGCGUAGCGAAGCGCGCUGCCCUCUGGCCAGGGUGCCUUCUUCCCAGAUUCAGCCUCAGCAUGGCGACGGUCUUCAUCAAGAAGAUGGUGGUCUCUGUCGCGCGCCCUCUCCUGCGUCUGAGUCCUUGCACAGGGGGUCCCCGCGCGCUCUCCACGCUCCUUUUGGGACCCCUUCGAGCUGCAGUUCCGGUCGAGGCGAAGCCCAGCCCGGCGGUGGCCUCGCUUCUGUCCAGUCGCCUCGCGCCGUGCCUGCCCCCUGCUCUGGGGUUCAAGACCAAGGGCGUCAUUAAGAAGCGCUGCAAAGACUGUUACCGGGUGAAGAGGCGUGGGCGGUGGUUCAUCUACUGCAAGACCAACCCGAGGCACAAGCAGAGACAGAUGUAGCCCCCCUGGCUGUGCAGUAAUGUGGGAAGUCUGUCAUUUCCUUGGGAAAUGGUUUUACCUUGCUGAGAAAAAUAAAAUGGAACGUUCUGUUGUCUAAGAUGUGUCGAACUUCAGGUUUUGUUGACCGUGCCCAGGCCUCUCAGCUCUGUAGCAGUCCAGAUCGAGUCAAGCCAGAGCCCCAAGUGGAAAACAAAUCGUUUUUAUCUUCUGUGCAAGCAGUAUUUAUGCUCCAGCUGGAGGACAAAAGUUAGGAUGGAAGGGAAGCUCUUCUGUCUGGCACUUCACAGUGCGAGUUCUUUCGAAAGAACUGGAUUCAUCUGAAAGACCAUCCUGUGGGCGGCUCUCAGCCCUGUGUCUGCGUUCAUCCAUCCUGCUUCCUUUAUGUGGAUUAGACUCGUAGUCUCAACAUUCCUGUGUUGAGGAUAAGCACAAAAGGCCUUAUAGGAAUCUUUAAAUCAAGGAAAAUUUGUUUACAUGUAAAGGCAUUUUGGCUAUCAGUUAAA